CGUUAUAUAACUUGCACGAGGAACCGGUUUAACAUCAUACAGCUAUAGAAAACUGCAACUUUCUCAGUAGUUACAGGGUCUCACGACUGAGAAUUUCGACGUUUUCGUGUGAGCUAAAUAAAAAAAACUUAAAACUUUUUUGUGUGUCUUAGCAAGGCCAGAAUUUCUGUGCUAAAAAGAUAAAUGGCAAAAUUUCUAGGAACAGAUUUUGUUGUAAUUUUAAGAGGACUGAAUGCUGUUUCAAGAGCAGCAGCAAAUAUCACAGAAGCAGAGCUAAGAGAAGCAUGGGCAUUUUCUAGUUCUUCACGCCCCCAGUUGCAGAAUUUAUUUGUCAAAAGUUGCAAGCCAGAAGAUAUAGCUAAGAAUGUCAAAGAUGUUGCAGGAAGAACAUUUGCUGUAGUGGAGGGUCUUAAAAAAUAUACUUCUGUAGCAGCCCAGAAGUUAAUGAAAACAAACCUUAAUCUAUCUCAGCCCUCGAAAACUACACAGGAGAAUGCAAAAAUAUUCUCAGAUCCAUUUCCAAACCCAGAGGCUCAGGAACAACCAGAACGUGUGAAUGAAACUAAUGGGGGACCUUUGGAUACCCCCCCACAGUCCACUGUUUGUGAUGCUUCUCCUCUCGCAAAACCUGAAAACCUCCUCAGAAACCAGAAGAUGCCUGAAGGAUCAAAAGAAUUAUCUGCUUCUGGCUCUACCUCUUCAGCUUUCAGAUCUCCAGUGUUGUUUCAAAAGUCAGAUGUAAAAUCUCAUUUCAAGCCACAUGUUGAACAAAAAUCGGGAAAUGCGGUGGAACCUGGAAAACCAAAUGUGCCCAUUCCACCUGUUGCCAAAAAAAAUCGAGUCCCUAAAUUGAGCGAAACAUCACGUGAAGUUGCUGUUCCGUCUUCAAGAAUCGGCCGAAUAGUUUCAUAUGGAAGCUUGGCGGCUGGCUUGGGAGUGGGAGCCUUAGCGGAGAUUUCUCGCCGAACACUUGGCAUGAAUAAAACACAGGCGACAGAAAACAAUGUGACUACCGUACUCGGCUCCAAUCCCUUCUUAACCGAUGCAAAUGCUGAACGGAUUGUGAAUACUCUCUGCAAAGUACGGGGGGCUGCGCUUAAAUUGGGACAGAUGCUAAGCAUGCAAGACGAUUCUCUCAUCAAUCCGCAGCUACAGAAAAUAUUCGAGCGAGUGAGACAGUCAGCUGAUUUUAUGCCUGUUCGGCAAAUGGAGAGUGUUUUGAUUAACGAACUCGGGCCUGACUGGAGAAGCAAGUUAAAAGAUUUUCAAGAAAAGCCUUUUGCCGCAGCUUCUAUUGGUCAAGUUCAUUUAGCAACGCUCCUUGACGGUCGUCAGGUAGCUAUGAAAAUUCAGUAUCCUGGAGUUGCAAAGGGGAUAGAAAGUGAUAUCAACAACUUGGUGGCUAUUAUGAAUAUGUGGAACAUCAUUCCAAAAGGAAUGUACAUGGAAGAAUUUAUUAAAGUAGCCAAAGUUGAAUUGGCUUGGGAGGUAGAUUAUCUACGAGAAGCCGAAUGUGCUAGGAAAUUUGCAGAAUUGGUCAAAGACAUGCCGUACUAUAAAAUCCCUGCUAUCAUUGACGAUUUAAGCACAAAACAAGUCAUAACAUCGGAAUUUGUCGAAGGGAUUUCAAUGGAAGAAUGCAUGAAAUUGGACCAAGAAACUCGUAAUGAUGUGGCAGAGAAAAUGCUUUUCCUGUGUCUUAUCGAGGUGUUCCAGUUCCGUUUUAUGCAAACCGAUCCAAACUGGGCCAACUUCAUGUAUGACCCGCUGACUCGAGAAGUAAUUCUUAUUGACUUUGGUGCAAGCCGAGAGUAUUCAAAGGAAUUUGUCAACAAAUAUAUCAAAAUAAUUGAAGGGGCCGCUAAAGGUGAUCGCCAGCAAGUUCUUGAAUACUCUCAAGUGUUGGGAUUUCUGACAGGAUAUGAAAGCAAGGUAAUGAAAGAUGCCCAUGUUGAAGCUGUAAUGGUUCUUGGUGAGGCAUUUCGACAUAACGAGCCUUUCGAUUUCGGGACACAAGAUACUACACGGCGAGUGCAAAAGUUGAUUCCAGUUAUGCUUUCUCAUCGUCUGUGUCCUCCUCCACAAGAAACUUACUCUCUUCAUCGGAAAAUGUCUGGAGCGUUUCUUCUAUGCGCCAAAUUGGGUGCCAAGAUCAACUGCAAAGCAUUUUUCGACUCUGUAAUCGAGAAGUACCAUGCCCAACCGAAAUAGUUCUUAGGUUAGAAAAAAAUUUAAAAACAUCGAUGCCUAAGAUCAAAAUAGAAAAUACAUAAGUUAUUACAUUUUA